CCCUAACCCAUCUGUGUCACCCAUUCUGUCAUUGGGCAGGACAUAAACACUGUUUCAUGGUCUCUACAACGUUUAGCUUCCAAGUACUAAGUGAACUAUCAGGUGAUUGAGUGAGUUAUGGGUUCGGGGGAGAGUACAACCAGGAAAGUGUCCUUCGGCGUGGAUGAUGAGGACAGAGUGAGGAUUCUCCGUGGGAUAAAGUUGUCAGAGGAUGUACUCCAGAGGAUGAGAGGAGUGGCCAACAUUCCUCCUGAACCUUCCCCUUCAUCAUCAGCAUCAUCGCCGGCCCCAAGUCCUCCGUCAGAAAAAGGUGCUUCUCAAGCAAAGCAGAGCUCCCAACCCCGGGCCCAGACCAGCAGCAAGCCCAGCAGGUCGGCCUCAUUCUCCAAAGAUGAACAGAGAAGGUAUGAGAGGCAGCAGGCAAUACUGAAGGACGAGCUGGCCAAGAUGGCGGAAAGAGAGAGGGAGGCAGCGAGGGAGGAGGUGGUGAAAGCCAUGAACCGGGAACGACAACAGGCGCGCCAGGAAGUGCAGAGGGCCAAAGAAUUGUCUGCCGAUGAGAUAGAAGCGACGGCGCAGCAGCUCCAGAAGAAAGACUCGCAGCUGAAAGCACUGGAAGCCUUCUACAGGGAGCAGCUGGCUCAGCUGGAGCAGAGGAACUUGGAGAGAUUCAAGGAGAGUAAAGAUCAAUUCCACCAAGCUGCCUCCGUGACAGAAGCAAGCAUCAAGUCUCGUAACACAGCUCCUGUGUGUCCUGGCCUGCAGGCUCAGAUUCUAUCCUGCUAUAAGGACAACAAGGACCAAACCUUGAAGUGUUCAGACUUGGCUAAAGAAUACAUGCAGUGCAUCAAUGCUGCAAAGAAGAACCUGCUGGUGAACCAUGGAUGAAGACUGGGAAGAAGCGGAAGGAUAAGAGCUGUGUUCGACGGAUUAGACACUAUGAGUAGCAUGUGCUAUCCUCCUGUUUGGACUAAGAAAGAAAUGAUUUGCUUUUAGCAUGCCUUGUCAAUAAACUUCUGUUUGGUUAUUUAUCUACAGUAUCUUGCGUUGCCACUCAGUGCUUCGCUUACAGGGCAACUUUAAAAUGAAGGUGUGCAUUUACUUUAUGGUUUUGAGUCAUUGCAUUUUUAAUCCUGCCAUAUCUACCAGAGGCGCAGAGAUGUGUUCAGGGUCAGUCCGCUAUCUGCCAAAGCAAGGAGUCAGUUCACGUCCGCAACUCUGCUGCUUCAGACAUAAAAAGAGGAAGAAAAAGACUAGAGUUGUGUGUUUGUUGAAUGCAGAGUACAGCAAUCAGGGUUUGAUUUUGAUCUGACAGAGAAACUGGUUUUUGCUUUAAAAUGUAAUGAGUUUUGCAUUGUUCUAACAACAUGGGAGUAAGCUCUGGUUAUCCUGGCAGUGACUGUAAUGUGUGUGAUUGAAUAGGAAUCUUAUUAAACCCUUCAUAUC